AUGCAAACAUUAAGUCAUUAUGAGGCUAUGGCUGAAGAAGUUAGAAAAAUCAUGUUGUAAGGAAAACCGAUUCCACCAGAUUAUUAAGAAGUAAUUGAAGAGUUCCUGCCAACAGAAGACAAAUACCCAUCGAGAAGAGUCAUUACUAUAUACGAAUAUCCAGACAGCAAUCCAGCAUUGUUUUUGGAGAACAAAAGGGGAUUUCGAUUGCAAUUCAUGUUUCUGUUCUUAUCGAACUAGUUAGCAGCUUAGUAUAGAUUUAAUUCCAACAAUAGAUUCUAUGAGGAAGUUAUGAACAAUGGACCACUCAAAUGGCAGAUUGCUAGAUUCUAUUUGGAAGUGGCCGACAACGUGGUCUUCAUUAAGACAAGAGGUCAGAGGGCUCAGAAUAUGUUACAGAGGGUUCAACAUGCCAUAUAGACUCAACCUUUGUGCGUGUUCCAUUACAAUAUGAAAAUGAGAACUCUUUUGCACAUUUUGGAGUAGGGCAAUUGGUGUAUCCGAAUAGUGUGGGGUCCUGCUGUUGAUGUUCCUUUGCAUGGAGGAGAUGCAGAGAAGGUUGAGAAUGUGAUUGCAAAGGCAGAACCAAAACUAGAAAUACAAAAGAAGGAAGAGACUGAAUCAGAGGUUACUAAGAAGAUUUAGAUAAAUGAGGAGGAGAUCAGGAACAAGACAUCCUUAUACAUCAAAUCUAUUGAAUAUUACAGUAGAUUAGCAUAGUAGACAGUGCAGAAGUUGAGAGAUGAGAAUCAAAAGAGGAAGGCAUGA